GACCAACUCACACCCACACACGCCAUCGACAACCAUGUCGGUCCUUGGCCGUUCUUCCCUGGCCGCGACUCGCGCCCCGAUGGCGGCGGCUUGGCGACGGACAGCGAGCAAGAGCAAGGCCGCCACUAGCAGCAGCAGCAGCGUGACCUCGAGCAGCUGCUUCUCCACCUCGUCUGCCGCUCGCAAGCCGCCAACGGGGGUCCUGCUCAUGAACAUGGGCGGGCCUUCGACGCUUGACGAGGUCGGCGACUUUCUCUCGCGCCUCUUUCACGACCGCGACCUGAUCCAACUCCCGUUCCAGUCGACGCUGGCGCCGCUCAUUGCCAAGCGGCGCACGCCCAAGAUUGUCGAGCAGUACGACAAGAUUGGCGGUGGCAGCCCCAUCCUGCGAUGGACCCGGAGCCAGGGUGCGGCCAUGGCCAAGAUGCUCGACGAGCUGCACCCGUCGACGGCGCCCCACAAGGCCUACACGGCUUUCCGCUAUGCGCGGCCGCUGACGGGCGAGGCGCUCGACGAGAUGCGCGCCGACGGCGUCGAGCGCGCCGUGGCAUUCACCCAGUACCCGCAGUACAGCUGCUCGACGACGGGCAGCAGCCUCAACGAGCUCUUUCGCGAGAUCCAGCGGAGAAAGGCAGCCGACAGCGGCGCACCAGAGGCCAAUAUCCAGUGGAGCGUCAUUGACCGCUGGCCCACUCACCCAGGUCUCGUGCAGGCAUUCACCAACCGACUCCAGGCUGCGCUCAACACGUACCCGGCCGAGGAGCGGCACAAGGUGCCCAUCAUGUUCUCGGCCCACUCGCUGCCCAUGCAGAUUGUCUCUGGCCGCGGCGACCCCUACCCGGCCGAAGUGGCCGCCACCGUGGCGGCCGUCAUGACCAAGCUUGGCUGGUCGAACCCGUACCGGGUGACGUGGCAGUCGCAGGUCGGGCCCUCGGCCUGGCUCGGGCCCCAGACGAGCGACACCGUCAAGGGCUGGGCAAAGCAGGGCUACAAGGACCUCGUCGUCGUGCCCAUUGCCUUUACCCAGGACCACAUCGAGACGCUGUACGAGCUCGACAUUGAGCUGCACGAAGAGGCAGAAGAGCACGGCAUCCGGCUCAAGCGCGCAGAGUCGCUCAACGACGAGCCGACGUUCCUCCGUGCACUUGCAGACAUUACCGCCGCCCACCUCGACUCGCUCGCUCUCACAGGCCCAGGAAGCAGCAGCAGCAGCAGCAGCAGCAGCACCGUCGGGCCCCACGUCUGGGCGCAGGGAAACACAUCGAGGCAGAUGCAGCUGCGGUGCCCCGGGUGUGUGAACCCCGUCUGUGGCGAGCAGAAGCGCUUCUUUGCAGACAACACCAUGGGUGUGGGCGAGGAUGCGCUGCGGUGAAGAAGAAGAAGAAGCGUCGUUGAUAUAUUCGUUUUAAAAAGCCUGGCUAGGGCAAGGAAGCCCUCUCCGUUGUUGUAUCUACAUUGUCACAUGCUUGCUCCCCAGUGGC